GAGAGAGGGGGAGAGCGAGCUCGGCGAGCAAACGGUCAUGGCGGAAACCCUAACCCUAACCCUUACACCGGCUGAGGGUUUCGAUGCCGACCCCAUCGAUUUGGGGGCGAUUCGAAGCCGAUUCGAAGAGCUCUCGCAGAGGCGAAUCCAUGGCGUUGGAUCCUGCGAUUCGUCGAGUUCGGAGCUCGGCAAGUCGUUGGAAGCGUGCGCAUUUGAGUUCCAGGCAAAAAUCAAGCAAAUAGAGUCGGAGAAUUCGGAUAUUGCCGCUCUCGGAAGUGGAGAUUUAGAUGCAUAUGUGGAGCGAAUGAAGAAGGAGAUCAGCUCAGUGGAAGAAGAAAACUCGAAAAUCUCAGCUGAGAUUAGUGGUCUCACAGACAUGGCUGAUAGAGAUUUAGCCCAAUUGGAUGGUGACCUUGAAGCAUUGGCGUGCUCUCUGAAGUUCAUUGACUCGGGGGCUCUGGGCUCAUUGCAAUCUGGUCUCCCUGAUGGCAGAUUAGUUCCAGGUGAUUUGUGCGAAAGUCAAGUGGAUUACAAAUUUGAGUUAUUCACAAAUUUACAGGCAUUGGAGCUUGAUCAGCAAAUUGAGAAGAGUAAAUCGAAUGUCAAUGUUUUGCAGAGUCUUGAUUAUGCCUUGAAAAGGGUUGAAGCAAUAGGACAAGUUGAGUAUAUGUUAUCUGAAGUCAAGAUCAUAGAAUUUGAACAUAAUUGCAUCAGGCUGUUUGUGAAGAUGUCUAUACCCACCUCUGAUGGCUUGGUUCUUGGGCGCAAGUUGGAUUGUGCCAUAGAACCAUGUAUAUCAGAUCAUGAGUUGCUUAUAGAAGUUAUGGACCAGACCAUGGAGCUGAAGAGUGUGGAGAUUUUCCCUGAUGAUGUAUAUAUAGAAGGGCUGAUUGAUAUGGUCAAAUCCUCCAGAGAUUUCAUCUCUUCGAUUACCUCCUCCUUGGGAUGGUUUGUUAGACAAGUUCAACAUCGUAUUCUUUUGUGUAAUUUAAGACGCUUGCUGGUGAAGGAUGCAAACAAAUCAAGACACUCUUUUGAGUACUCGGACAGAGAUGAGACUGUUACAGCCCACCUGGUGGGGGGAAUCGACGCCUUCAUCAAGAUAUCUCUUGACUGGCCACUAUCAUCUUCUGGUCUGAAAUUAAUCUCAAUCAAAAGCUCGGACAAGCAGUCAAAAAGCAUAUCUUUGAGUUUCCUCUGCAAGGUCAAGGAGCUGUCGAACUCGUUGGACCUACAAACAAGGCUCCAUCUCGUGCGGUUUGUAGAUGCUAUCGAGGAGAUACUCGUCCGCGAGAUGCAAUCCGAGCUCCACUCAAAGUAAGCAAAAUAUGUUUGUUGCAACUCCCAGAAGCAUUCAGCCUCAGAAACUAUUCUAUGCUUUUCGUCGCUUCUCGCGAAGAUCCAUGUAUGUGGUACUCAACUAAAAUAUUUUGAUGGGUGUUUAGUUUUGUAACUGCUUCCCCCAAUUUCCUUGUUGUAAUGAGAGUUAAAGAAUGUUUUGAGUUUUACCUCUCAUCUAGUGUUUGUCCGCGCGCGCCCACCUAUUUAGCUGGUCUCUUUUAUUCGUGUAAAUAUUGUAUAGAAUUUAUCUGAA